AAAAUAUGGCUUCAAAUGAAUGAUUGUUUGGAAAAAACAUUUAAAUUUCAAAACAAAACAAUUGAAUGUAAAAAACAUUUUGACUUUAAUUACAAUAAAUUAAUAUUAAAUCCAAUCAAUCAUUACUUGCAUACAAACAAAGAGAGCACAUCCGCUGAAGAAGAAUGUGGUGAACGGGUAUAUCGUUGAGCGGAUUGGACCACAACUGCACCGCAAUCCCCGACACCAACUGGUGGUCACUAUCAUCACGGGCUGCGGUGGCCGUAGUGUAUGAUCUGAGUGGUGGUGACCUCUGCGGUGCCAUCGAUGGGUGACAUUCUUCGGGAGUGUGAUGUGGAGAGGGCUCCGUCUCCGGCGCGUCUCGAGUAUACGUCUGAAAAACAUCCGCGACUUAUCUUAGAGUCGCUGAAUGUGUUGAGACGUCGCCGCGAGUUGUGUGAUGUGGUGCUCAUUGUGGCCAACCGUAAGAUUCUCGCGCAUCGGGUCGUCCUCUCGGCCUGCAGUCCAUACUUCUUAGCCAUGUUUACGGGCGAAUUGGCGGAAAGCCGUCAAACAGAAGUGAUGAUACGGGACAUCGACGAGCACGCGAUGGAACUGCUGGUGGACUUCGCGUAUUCGUCGCAUAUAGUGGUGGAGGAGGCGAAC